UUGAAAUGAAUAGUUUAGGGAACAUAAUGUAUUACUAUACUCUACUGCAUAUAAUUUGUGAACAUUUGCAUGAUUAGUACACUUUGAACACCCUUGAAAUUCCACUCUAAUAUAUAUUCUUUUCUUUUUUGUUAAUACCCUUUGUUUAAGCAUGCAAGGUUAGGAGAAUGCGGAAUAAUUUCAGAACAUUGAUUCAGUCAUGGGCAGUGGGGGUAGUAAGAACCUUAGUGCUGAGGAACAUAAUACGGGUCGUCGUCCAUCCCAACACGAGUUGACGAAUCCUCCACCACAAUCUACAGAGCCAAAUAAGUUCUCUGUGAAAAAGGGAUUACUCGAAGUUAAAGAGACUAAUUUUACUGAGUCUAUUAUGGGCAAACCAGAGAAUCUUGUUCCCUGUGAUAUUUGUGGAAGAAAGUUUGCUGAAGACAGAAUAGAAAGACAUAAGGAAAUUUGCAUGAAAACGACAACUAAAGAGAGGGAAGCAUUUGAUGUUAGAGAACAACGGUUGGACGGUACUGAAGCUGUCAACUAUAAGGAUGUGGAAGUUGAUACAGAGAUCAAGAAAGCAGAUUGGAAGAAAACUCACAGAGAUAUUAUUAAUCAAAUAAAGGCUGCAAAGAGAGACAGACCCGCUUCUGGGAAAAGAGAACCAGAGAUUGAAAUACUAACAUAAAUGUCGUCUUUCUUGAAACUUCCCUAUGAACAAAUUAAUGAUCUUUUAGCCACACUAGCUGAACUAAAAGUUUAUCCGUCACAUUUUAUAUUAAAUCAUAUAUUAAUGCACAAAGCAGAAUAUUAAUAAACAUGAUAAAGAAAAAUACUGAAAAAAUUUAUUUUUAUUUUGGAAAAAAAGUUUUUUUUUUAUUUAAUAAGGUUGCUUACUCUCGAACCUCGAAUUACGAAAUUUUAUUUUCGAAAACAGAGAAAAAUUACGUCCCAAUCCCUCCACUCCUCUCUAUACUCAGUGACUUGUAGAAUAUUUUGGUUAUAUAUAUGAUUUUUUAAAAAAAAUUGUUAAAUUGAAUUACUGUAGCCGAAUUUUUGGGUGUAAAUCGAUUUUUAUUGGAUAUUUUCCAUAUGUAUAUCAAUAUAUAACCAAUCAAAUAAAAAAAAUAAGUUGCAUUAGUUUAUUUUUGGAUUCAGCUUUAAUUAUAAUUACUGAAAUUAAAGCAA